AUGCCUUAAAACAUUUAUGAUUUACAACUAAAAUAAUAGGAUAGGCUUUUAGCUAAAUUCUAAGAAUUAUUUAGUAAACCUACUCAUGUGAAUUAUAUGAGUAAAUGGGAGGCUAUUUUGGUAGCAUUAUUUUUUCUUUUGGAAGGUCUUCUGUUUAAUAAUCUAUUAAUUCAUAUUACUUUAGUUACAAUAUAUGUGAUUAAGAUAUUAAAAUGUUAGUCAAAUCAAUCAUUAUAAGUAUUUACAAUUAGAUGGAUGAUUGUAUGUAAGAUUUUGACAAGCAGAUCUUUAUGGGCAUUUAAAUAAGAAAUAACAUAGGAAAAUUUGAGAAUUGAUUUUCUUUUGAUUUGUUUUUAAGUAAUUGCAACUGUUACAAAAUUUAGGAUAUCUAACAAUAAAAUAAUAGUAAUAACAAUUAUUUUACUUUUUUAAGUAGGUUUAUCAAUAUUUCAUAAUUAAAAAAUUGAUGAUGUUAUUUUAGUUUGUUUAAUAGGAGUAUUGACAAAUAUAAUAUUUAUAUAUCAUAGACAAUAAUUACAUCAAUAAGAACAUGAAUAAAAAUUAAAGGAAUUUGAUGGAGAAGCUAUGAAAUUAAAGAGAGAAACUGAAAUGUCAUAUAAAACUAUAUUUAUAGCUGAUUAAUAGUAAUCACGUUAGGAGGAACUAUUAAAAAAGUUAAGAUUACUUAAAUAUGAGAAAUUACUUAAUAAAUCAGAGUAAAUCUAUUAUGAAGAAUAAGUUUUAUAAAAAUAAUUAAGUUCUCCAUCCCGUAUUUUAACAUUACGUUAAUUACCUGAAGAAGAUGAUAAAAAUUCAAUUGAGGAGAUAGAUGAAACUCCAAGUAAGAGAUCACCAAUUAGAAAAAUAUAAAGGAUAAAUUCAAUUAAUGAUAAUUUUUACUAUGCUAAAACAGCAGGUCAUAGUAUAAAAUAAGAUGAAAUUAAAGAGAAUGAGAAUUUUUUAACAUUAGAUGAAAUAGAUGAUUUAUUGAAGAUAGUGAGUGGAAGAAAAGAACAUUUAUGGUUACCUUAAUUUUUAAGAAGUAAUAAAAAUAUUAAUUCUGAUUAAAAAGAAUAAUUUUCUCCUGAAGCUAAAAGGUAAUUUAUUUAUUACAUUUAAAAAUUAGUUUUAUUCUUAAUCAUUUUACAGAAUGUGAAUUUAAUUUUUAAUUGUCAUCUAAUCAAACACAUAUUUAAGAAUAAUAUCAUAUACCAAAUAUGAAUGAUAAUAUGAUGAAAGAUUGUGAUAAAAAUUUUAAUUUUGAUUUUUUUGAAUUAAAUGAUCAAAAUAAAUUUAUCAAUUAUUGUUCUUUUAUCUUUUAAAAAUAUAAGUAAAAAUAUAAUAAUAAAUAAAAAUAGUUUAAAUUAAGUAUUAAAAAUAAAGGAUAAUUCAAUAUAAAUAGAAUUUUGUCAUAGAAUUGAAUAAUUUUAUAUGUAGAAUCCAUAUCAUAAUUCAUUACAUGCAAUGGAUGUAACUAAUUCAGCAUUAUUCUUUUUGGAAAAUGGAUUACAUAUAACACAAUUUGAAUAAUGUUGUUUAAUAAUAUCAUCUUUAUCUCAUGAUGUUGGUCAUCCAGGUUUAAAUAAUGGAUUUUUAGUUGCUUCUCAAUCUAAAUAAGCUUUAAUAUGUAAAUAUUUAAAUUCAUUAUAUUAUUAGAUAAUGAUUAAAGUGUAUUAGAGAGUUAUCAUGCUUCAUUAUUAUUUCAUGUAUUAAAAGAUGAUAAGACAAAUAUAAUUAAAAAUUUAAAUGAUGUAGAUUAUAAAGGAUUUCGAAAAUAUUGUUUAAAUUUAAUUUUAGAUACAGAUCUUCAAAAACAUUUUCCAUUACUUAAUAAAUUUAAAAAUUUUUUAGCUUUGGGAUCUGAUAGUCAAUAAGAUGAAUAAAAUAAAUUAUUAGUUUUAUCAAUAGCAAUUAAAUGUGCUGGUAUUUAUAUAAAAUUAAUAAGAUGUGGGACAUGGAGCUAAAUAAUUAAAUUUACAUAAAAUUUGGAGUAGAAGAAUAAUUGAAGAAUUCUUUUUAUAAGGAGAUUUAGAAUAAUAAGUGGGUAUAAUAGUGACACCAAUGUGUGAUAGAAGUUAAAGUGUAACAAAAUCUUAAGAAGGAUUCCUUAAAGCUAUAGUUUGGCCAUUAUUUGAUGCAUUCUCGGAAUAUUUGAAGAAGUAAAUUAAAAUUUAUUUUAUUAGUGAUAAUUUUAAAAAGACUUGUUUAGAUUAAAUUAAUGUAAAUAUUACCUAUUGGUAAUAAUAAUAAUAAGAAGAAGAAUAAUAAAGUGAAAAAUAAUAAAAAUGUUCAUUCUUCAUUGAUACAAAUUAUAUUCAUCUACCAUAAUAAAAUACCAAUACUAUGAUAAAUUUGAAUUGGUGA